GCAGUUUUUUAUUCAGCGUGCACACGAACAACCUACAACGUAUUUUACAACGACGGCUCUGCAUUCAAACACUUUCUAUAAAACACUUCCAUACACCGGUCUCUCCUUGCACCUUGUGCGCACCCGCUUCUACCUUUGCAAGAAAGUCGACUUCUGACAAUUCGAAAAGCCUACCAAAACAAAAUCCAGUAUGCCUCCCGACUGCCAUAUGUCACCAUUCAUUAAAACUAUGGUCGAGAAGCAAAAGUAAGUAAAAUUAGGCUUUACCAAAGACUUUUCCAUAGACUGCGAACGUAACGGAAACAAUUAUCGAAGCUUUUGUUGCAUAUCAAUACUUUUCUUUGAGUCUAUAGAACACUAGCUGAUGAAGUAUUAGAGAAAAAGAUCGUAAUACUGUUCAUGUUAGAGUAGGCAAAUAUCGAAACGCAUACACAGUCGAAAAGGAUAUCUUCUACCAACAUUCGCCAUACCUUGGAGAAGCUUGCGACCGCUAUUCAGAAGGACUUGAGCGUGCAACUAUAGAAUUUGCUAAGACGAAUGAUAAUACUUUCAAGCUCUUCAGAGAUUGGCUUUACAAGCAAGAGCUUGGCAGCCCAUGAGGAAAUUGCUGAAUGGAGAGCCGAAAAGGCGAAAAAUAGCAAAGGGUCUGACCUUGACAACAAAAGCGAUGAGGGACCAAUAAUAGACUUCGAUGAAUCUAAAGGAAAUGACGACUUGGUGAAAAACAGCAACUCGAAUGGAAACAUGGUUUUAGAAACGAAAAGUGGCGAUCUUGACGACAGAGGUAAUGUAGCACUUACAAACUUUUGUUUUCCUCAUAUGGCUGCGCUUCUAGAUCUUUACCUAUUUGCCGAUAUGGCUCGUGUGCCAGCUUUGAAGAACCAGUGUAUAAAAAAGUACUAUGAGUUUACAAAAGCGACCGGAUACAUCACAACUUCAUGGCUUUCCUACAUGUGGAAGUACACAACCAAAACUAUGUUAAUGCAUAAAUUCCUCCUCGACUUACUCACAUGGGAGAUGCCUCCUUCAUUACUUGAAACGAACUCGAAAGACUUUCCUGAAGAAUUGAGACUUGAACUUUUAGUCAACAUGGGAUACGUCAUUCAGAUAGCCCGCCAUGGAUCAUCCGCAUUGGAAAAUAGUAAUCCUUUGAGAGAUUUGUCCAAUUACUAUGAAAAGAUUGAUUGAGAGGAUACUUGACCGUCAGCAUAGCGUAGUGAGUCUAUACAGGUAUGUAUCCUUGUACACGAACUACAUUUUGCUCGAAAGCUAACAACUAGUAUUCAGUCACGUUGUAUGGUAGUAUUACCUGUGAGGACUUGUCUUGUUACAUUUGAUAGUUAGGUGGGGAUACAUCGCAGAAAACAAACUCUUACGAAGCGUUAGAAGACGAUAGAAGAUUGUGUCUUAGAAAUUAGUGUGCCGCGAGCCAGUAGGG